AUGUAUGAUAAUGAAAACUGUUCGGAAGCAUCCUAUUCAACAUCAGUACUUAAAAAACUAGUACUUACUUUUUUAGUGGUCUCAUACAAUCGGCCUAAUCUCAGCAUUUGUGCAUCGUGGAAUGAAGAUGCGGUGACAUUUGCUGAUAAGGAUUUAGUUGGACAAAAACCUGCUGGCCUUUUCAUCAAUGAUGAAGACGCCGUCUAUGUCGCUAAUCGUGAAAAUGGCCAGAUUAUAGUAUGGAACAAUGCAUCGUCGACUCCGACAAGAAUUAUUUCGACAAAUUUGACUAAUCCAUGGAGUCUUUUUGUCACAACCGAUAGUGACAUUUAUGCCGACCAUGGUAAUGACAAUGGUCAUGUCGAUAAAUGGACAUUCAAUGCAACGCAAAGUGCGAUUGCAAUUAAUGUCCAUGGUUGGUGUACAGGACUUUUCGUUGACAUCAAUUGCCAUUUGUAUUGUGCUUCGAUGACAAAUCAUCGUGUUGUUAAAACGGCACUCAACAAUGGGCAAACCGUAUCGGUGGUAGUGGCUGGCACAGGAUGUCCUGGUCCUGUGCCUAAUAUGCUUGAUCAUCCGCAUGGAAUUUUCGUUGAUAAUCAAUUCAACUUAUACGUAGCUGAUACAGACAAUAACAGAAUUCAAUUCUUUGCACCGGAUCAAAAAAAAGGAAUAACAAUGGCUGGUUACGGAGCAAAGGUGCGAUUUAUACUUAAUAGACCUACCAGUAUUGUACUCGAUGGUGAUGGUUAUCUAUUUAUUGUGGAAAGUCAAAAUCAUCGAAUCAUCCGAUCAAUUCCAAAUGGGUUCAAAUGCUUGGUUGGGUGUUUUGGUAACAGUGGAACAACAUCAAACCAAUUGGACUAUCCACAAACAAUGGCUUUCGACACAACUGGAAACAUAUUUGUGAGUGAUUUCAACAAUCAUCGAAUUCAAAAAUUCCAGUUAACUAGAAAUUCAUGUGGUAUGUCUAUUUCUAUUUGUGAUUGA